AAAAACGAUUCAGUCACAGAAGUCAGUAGAGCGAAGGAGAAAAAAUUAUUGUACAGAUACGUAAAUAGCGAAGAGAAGAUCGAGGAAGAUUUUUUCACAAAUCUUUGAAAAUUUUCGGAUUUAGUGGAAUUUUCGUCGCAUUUUUACCCAAGCGUUUUUCAAAUAAAAGUGAGAAGAAUAGAUUUCUGAACAAAUUGGUGGAUCCGUGAUUAUUAUUACUCGGGAUUUUGGACGGAAGAACGGCGGAAAAAAUAGUGCAAAAGUAGCGACUGACUGGCGGACGGCAGCAUAGAAAAUUUUCGGUGGAGUUAUUUUUCCUUGUCCAUUCGUCGUUCCCGUUCUUCUAUACCAUCGGUCAUACAUGGGAAUCGGAGAGGGUGGAUUUUUCUACGCGAGGAAAAUAAAAUAGGAAAACGUUGCAGCUUCUUGCAACUUAUGCCAUUCGUUUCUCUCGUAAGGCGAAAAUCUUCGUGCUGCGGGAUGCGGAGAAAAAUGCGUUUCUGUGAGGAAAAGUGCGUUUCUAAUUGGCAUUAAAGAUUGGGGAAAAUUCCGAGAAAAACAGUACUCGAACGGUAUUGAUGGUAGUGAGUUAAUUUUCCUGCUAAUCAUUGAUUUUGCUCCAAAUAAUAAUAAAAAAAGAUUUUCCUAUUGGAUUAAACUGCUGUUAAGCUAGUGUUUUGAAGACGGUGUGAGUGAGUCGCAGUUAUUAUGUACUUGAGGAACCAGCAGUUCCUAUAAGAACGUGUGCUAAGUGCUUUACGGAUUUCGUAUCCGGUAAACGUGCAGGUGUUGAUAGCAAAAGAUAAGUCUUGUGAAAUAGAUACCAAAGGAAACAACAGCAGCUUGAUUAGAUUUAGUCAUGGCGAAUCCAAGAAAAUUCAGCGAAAAAAUCGCUUUGCACAACCAGAAACAAGCAGAGGAGACUGCCGAAUUUGAGAGAAUCAUGCGGGAAGUUUCGGAUGUCACUUCCAAGGUUUCAAGGAGUGCUAAUCUUACACCCACACUAGGCACAUUGGGUACAUUUCGAGGUGGUUCGCUGCCCAACGUCAACAACGAUAACGACAAUUUUGAGGAAAAGGGUGACGAUGGCGGCACUCUGACUGAGCUAAAAUCUUAUACACAGCUGGAAAAUGUGAAGGUGAAAAAGGAAACAGUAUCGAAAUCGAACACACCAUCCAACCACAGCAGAGAAUCGAGAGUAUCUUUUGUGGAAUUAGGUCGCACUCCUGGUGGUCCAAUGAGAAAUCGACAGUCCAGCAGGAAUCACGAUACAUCGCCGUACGGUAGCAAUUCGGUGCAUCUCAUACCUCCAAUGGAAAACAACUGGCAUCGAUCUAUAUCGGACUCUGCCAUUCAUCAAAGUCUAUGCCAGAAUCAGCAAGAGUCCAAUCAUCUGAAUACACACUCACCUCUAACGUUAAGUCCAACAGUUCAAAGAAAGAUUUCAAAUGCUCAAAGUAUCUCUAAAGUACAUCACCAUAUAUCAUCAAACCAUCUUGAAAACCACUCGCCCCAUGAUAUGCGAUCCCGAUCAUCGACCGGUCUGACCAGGCUACCAGGAAUAAACAUUUACCCUUCACAAAACCAUACAGACAGUAUACAAAUACCCAUCCCUAGCAACACAGGAUCACUGCCGGACUUGACGUCUGUUGGUUAUCCCAUGUACCCAUCCUCAUUGGAGCAAGAGUAUGAUCAUAAUGCACAUAACAACAGCUACUGUGCGAGUCCGCUUGGUACAUCUCCGUCGUCGUUAUCGCCCACAUCGGCCAUUCAUAAUCACCAUCCACAUCCCCGGCCGAACAAUUUUAGUGGUGGUGGAGGAGGGGGUGGAUACUCAAUUCCAACCAGUAGUCACCCCAACAGUGGCAAUGUUAGUCCCAGCAACAACAACAAUACCACGACCACUAACCUGAACAGCACUACCAACAACAGUAGUAGUAGUACCAACAACCAUAACAAAUCUAAGAUUAAUAAUCAGAAACCAAAGUCUAGUCAGCCUUUUUUAUCUGUACCAGAUAGCAAUAGAUUUACAUUUAUGUCAAAGGGUAACAAUACUUACGACGUGAGUCAAUCACCUCAGCCACAGCAGCAACAAACACAGCAGCAGCGAGUACCAACCCUGGAGCAGAUUAACUACGAUAAUUUCAGUCAAUUGAAUGAUGGACUGUCGUCGCCAAAUCAGCAAAAUUCACCAGAAAAUAUACUUUAUGGAUCUCAUGGGAAUAUUUCUCCGCAUAUGAUGCUAGAUUAUCGGAAUAGGCCUAGUCCUGGUUCUAGUCCUGGUGUGGUGCUCAACCUUGACUCGAGUUCGAGUGCACCAUGUAGUCCUGUGUCGCAUAGUAUAGGAAGUAAUAACGGACAAUCUUAUGACAAGUAUCCAUCGAACGACGUUUACGUCCAAAACACCCUGCCACAGCACCUGGAACACAUAACCCUCGACUGGACUACUUUGGUUCGAAGUCUUGUCGAGUCUGGAUGUACUUUAACCGCCCAAGUUCAGGGAGACAACUCGCUACCACCGGAUUUUGCUGCAAAUCAGUUGGUGUUUGGAACGUUUGAGGAAUCCUACCUGACACUUAACAACGAUCUCAACCUUCGAACGGAACCAACCCGUCAACAGCAACAGCAGCAUCAACAACAACAACAGCAGCAGCACCAGCAACAGUCUCCGCAGCCAUCACCCCAACAAUCACCGCAGCUCAAUUCUGUCAACUGUGGUUCACUCUCGAACAGCGUAAAUCAUCAGAACUCGUUGGGUAGUCACACCUACAGUCACAACCAUAACGGAAGCAACGAACCUCUACUCAGUUUGCAAACGGCUCCACAGAUGCAAACGACACCCACCACGAUACCAGAGAUUGUGUUUACAGAUUUCUCGACAAGAGAUGACUUUGAAGCUGAUCUUGGCCUUGGGCAGAUGGAUUUUCAGAGUUUUCAGAUGCUAUCCGACACCGGUACAAUGAUCGACCCGAUGGACGAAGACAGUUUUCGGCGAGAGCUUCAGUGAGACAACGUUUAUGUUGGUCCCAAAACGGAUGAGACGACGAAACGGUUACAAGCUUUUGUUACGUUGCUUUAAGGUUAGGUUUUACAUUUUGUUUACGUAAGAAAUAUUAGAAGGAAAAUUUACAUAUACAGAUAGCUUUCUUCAUUAAAACAAAAGGAAAGCAUUGCUUUCCCGAAAGAGAUGGUUCAUUUUUUAACGAGUCAUGCUUUUAAGACGUAGGGAACCCCGAUAUCACGAGACUAUUAAUGUGCAGUACUACUAAAAGUGGUUAGAGUGUUUUAAGAUUUUAACGUAAGAAUGGACAGCUACUUGAGAAACAGAAACCUAGAUAAGUUUAUUGAUAGCGGCAGGGCAAAGGUGAAUAGUUUAAACAAUAUUUUGCAUGUGAAAUACGCAGGAUUAGGUAGGCAGGUCAGACGUAGCGUGUGAGACUGCGCGGUGUGCAUGAGGAAAGUAUCAAAAAAAUUGAUACCUUUGGUGGACAAAGAAGCACAAAUGAAGUCCGAAUACUGUUUACCUUAUUUUGGCGCAAAUUUUUUAGUUUUGUGUUAUUCAGUUUGAAUUCCUUCUAAUAUCAUAGAUUGAUAUUGCAUGUUUCUUGUUAGCAAACUUUAUACAUGACCAUUGUAGUUUAUUUCAAGCAAUUGGCUAAAAGCAGGUUUUUUUGGUUAAAAAAUAUAUACGUGCUAGCGCGAAGUACUGGCCUGGAAUGCUAGUUAAAAACUAAAAGAGACGGAAUAAUACUUAACCUUAUUUAGAAAAGAAAAACAUCGUUUAGGAACCAACAUUCAGACCCAUAUAACGACUGAGAGGAUUUUUUACGCAUGAGUCUCAAUCUUUUACAUAAAAAAUUACUAAAAGUAUGAUAAAACUGUAUUUAGAUAGAGAUGUGUGCGAAAUAAAUUUCAUGUGAGCCUUCACUGGACAAAGUUGAAACGAAAUCUACAGACAAAGAAGUGACAAUGGCAGAAGAGUGUAAUUUUAUUGAAAAAAAAUUAGACGCGAAGAUAAAUAUCGUAACAUAUCAAAUCCAUCUUUUCCCAACAUUAACAAAACAAAUCCAGUAAGCCGGUUCUCCCUAACAAAAAAAAAAAAAAGAAAUAACAAAACAUAGCAAAACCAAAAUUGCAAUAUAGCUGUUUUAAGAACGAUAAUUUUUCCACGAUUUUGCUCUCUUUAUCUCCGAAAGUCGCAUUUUUCUAUCGAGCCGAGCGGUCAUUGACUGUAUAAAUCUAAUACAAUUCUUCUACUAGAGCACUCUCUAUCUUUCUUAACUACCUUUAUUCGUUCAACAUUUAUCGUCGGAAUAAAUCAACAAAAAGAAUACAAGAUAAAUGUUCACCAAGAAAUAAGAAACGCGCUCUGAAAACAAAAAUCACAGCCGUGAUAUGUAUUUAUUUGCGUUAUUAAAAUAAUCACAGAUCAGUGUACUUCGAAGUUUAUUCUUAAUGCCGAGCAAUGGAGCAAUGUUCGCAAAAUACGGAAGAGAAGGCACCGCAGUUAUUGUUGAAAUUGAAAACUCGAUAUAACACUUUGUUUUAGGAAAAAGGAAAAAACGACCUAGAGUAAAUGUAAAACUAAGAACAACAAAAAUGUGUAAAAUAACAAUAAGUUGAAACCUUGCUUUUAUUUGUGUUUGUACUUGUUGUAGUUAUUGUUUGAAGUUGCCCUUUGGUUUGUUCCUUAAAUUAAUUGUUUUCAACGGAUGAUGUUAUUUUCUUAUUUGAGUCCAGUCCUAAUACGGUUUUGUUUGAUCGAAACGAGCAACUGUAUACGGCGAAUUGUUUUUAUUUCUAUAAAAAAAGCUGUCAUGCUAUACGUUUUUUUGAGGAUUUCGAUGCAAGGACGACCUGACUUUUCAAAUGCAAGACCGCCAUGCCUUCAUUAUUUUCAUAAAUGAUUGCUUUUACAUUGUUUGUGGACUCUAUAGAAUAGCAAACAUCAUCGGAUGUUUACAAUCAAUGCGAAAUUCAACAUAAGAUGGUGAUACACCAUUAUCUGGGAUUGAAGGAAUCGGUAAGGCUUAUCUAAAAACUCGGUAGUUAAUGUGGAUUGUUCUACGGAAGUCUACGCAAAGUAAAGCGACCAAAUCUUCGUUUUAUCAAUUAGUAGUGAUUAGCUUUACUAAUACUACAGAGAUAAAAUUAUGGCUUGAAUGAGUUCUUCAGAAAGUGGAUCUCAGUGAAAUAUUUAGCUAUUCUCGUAAUAAAUCCCAAGUAGUCGUUCUACAUUUCCCCAAGACAUCAUUAAAUUUGAGAGAAAUGUUUUCGCGUAAAUGCUGUUCUUGCUGUUGUAGAUUUCUGAUUAAAUUUUGAGAGGUUAAAGAUACGCGUUGGUCUUCCAGGCAUUUGUCUGGAAUUAAAGGAAAGUACAAAGAUCAAGAGACCAAGGUUACUUCCUUGUGAAAUUACAGAAGAGACGAGAAACUCAUUGGAAACAUAAUUGGCAAACUUGGCAGUUAGACGGUGAUUGUAGAGAUAUGACUCAAUCUAACGAAGAACAUCGGAGUCGAAGCCGAGUGUCCAAUCCGUUUUCCUAUCAAUGUUUUCAACAUCGUACAUGUGAAGAUUUGCAAUGCCUAGGUUAUUAUUGCUGGCACGUAAGCUAUAACUCAUACCGCUGUAUAUAAAUGCAAACGAUUUAUUUAGUUUCUACCAUGACGAAGUGGUAGCGUAUUCGUGAUUUGCUCCACGCGCAAAAAUAUUUUCCUAGAUCGACAAAAGAAAGAAUGAAUAUCCGCGAAAGUAGUCACAGGUCGUCUGAGGUCAGCUCGGGACCGGUUAUCACUGUCGUCAUAUGCAAGUCCCGGGUUGACGGUUCAAUGCAUAGGACGCUGGUCUUACAAGCCAGUUGUCGUAUGUUCGAGCCCCGACCUGGAUGGAUUCUUAGUGUCAGUAGGAUCCAUAGUACUAGCCAUGCAAUGAUACUGUACACUAAGAAUUGGCUGCGAAGUCUGUUGAAACAGAAAGGCCAAAUUCCACAAAAGGAAUGUAAUGCCAGGACUUUGCUUUGCAUAUGCAAGUAUAUCAUAAAGGAAGACCGCGGGACGUAGUCGCAGGCACGGAAAAAGUUCAUAUCACGCGUUUUUUUUUUAUAACGGCCAAUAAGUUUUCUCUUUCGUCCGGUGUUAAAUUUAAUACUCUAUUUUUCAUAGCUCGUCUGCAAUUUCUUUCGAAAGUGGAAGUUGACAGGUUGGCCGUUAUUAAAAAACGCGUGAUAUGAUCACAAACCGCACCCGGGUGUUACCAUUCUAGUGAUGUAAGAAAAUGUUGUAUUUUCUCAUGCGAAAAAAAUCCGGUAGUCCUGUUCACCGACGAAAGCAUGUUAAUCGACAAUUCCGUAUCCAAUUCCAGAACCGGUAUUUUGGUUCUCUCUCGGUAAAAGACUUUGCCGAUGAUAAUAAAAACGUGUAUCUUACCAAGCAUCGUGCUCGCGUUAUGAUGUUUGGUUUGGAUCCGGUGUUAAUUUCAGAAGGCAACAAAUUUAACCUCCGGGAUUUUAAGUAAGUAUGCUCUUCCGUAGAUCAAAGAUCAGUACGUUGUAUUUCAAUGAGAUGGGACUCCGUGUCACAUUUCGAAUCGCACUCACAAGUGGUUGCAGGAACAUCUGCCGUUCUGGGCGAAGGAUAUAAGGUCACUAUUCAGCCUCGAUUUAAUUCCGGGUCAUGAAGGCUAAAACUACGUUCACACAGAGUUUUAACUCUGAUUUCAUGUUUUAGGCGAAAUAACAUGUUUUUCUUCCGUAUUAUUCCAUAUUCAGAAACGUUACAUUAAAACAUGUUGGCCCUUAGUACGGGUAUUACUUCACGGUGAAAAUCAAGUGAGGUGAAAGUAGAUUUUUAUCACGAAAGUUGUUUCAGAGAAAAAAGUAAUUAUUUAGAUGAGCUUGUUGUUAUUAUGAAUAUCAAAUCAACAAAAUUUUGUUGGAAUUUUUUUUUAAAUACAGCGAUUACAUUAUUGAGCGUUAUACUGGUAAUCAGAGAUGGCAUUUCACCAGAGAUAUACACGCUAGAGUCAGAUUUUUGCCACACCGAGGAUGAAAAAAACGAAGCACCGCACAAAGAGGAAAGCGCACUUCUUCUCAGUGUCGAAUAGACAGCAUUUGAGUGUGUGCUUGUGGUUAAAGCAGCUGGCGCGAGUGAAACACAUUCUCUUCGCAUGAAUCGCUCACACGCGCUCUCGUCUAAAUACACCCAAGUGACCACUGGCGCGUGAUGGUGAGCGAACACUUCUGUGAACUUCAAUUAAUAGAGAGUAGAUCUGACCUUGCUAUGAAAAAUUUGCAAGGAAAACCGAAAAUUUUACGAUAAAUUGUUUUAUUUUGCUGAUUUUGCGUGUCCACGCUUCAUCUACGAAAACCAUACAGCAGAGUGCUCACCGGCGUGUACACCUCUGUGAAAGUAUCUGCAUCCACCUCAGAGAAUUUAUUAGCUAAUGCUCUAGCACUUUGGUGCGAUUCAGUGGAAGAGGUAAAAGGAAAUAAACAAACGCACUCAUGAUGCGUGUACACUUUACACAACAGUGGUGUAUAAAUGUGAAAGAGAAGAGCUCUCGUUGAAGUUGUUAGUGCGAGGGGAGAGAUUUUGCUUGCUCUUCGUCACACAGAGGAGAUAGACAUCUCUGCUGGUAAUAGGUAAAAUCAAGUUAAGUGACAUGUGAAGUGAAAGUGGAAGUGAGAACGGCAAUAAGGGCCGUUUUCCCAAAAUAAAUUUUGAACAGUAAAGCACAACCCUGCUAGCAUUUUUCGUCAUUUUUCGACUAUGUCAAUUGACAAGCUUUUAUCGAAACAGUUUGCCAUCAGAGUAGCCAUGUAAUCAUGACGAAACAAAACAGGAAACUGGUACAACUAUGCUUGUUUUUUUUUGUUUAAAGACAUGACUAUUUUGGUCCUUUAUUGCUAAAUAUAUUUAUUUCACAUAAAUGGCUAAAGUUUCGAAGCAAAUACCCUUCCAAACGUAGACAACUAACGUGAUAUAAACAUUUAAAACCAAUAAAUGACCAAAAACGACUUCUUAAUACGCAGAAGAAAACUUUCUAAGUGAAGAAGUGGAAAAAUUGAAGCGAUUGACAUAAUAUGACGUCGAUCGAUUCGAAAUGUUCCGAUCGAAUGUGCAAUUCCCGUUCUGCAUUCCGUUCGAGUUGGGUAUGAACUCGAGUAUCAUUCGUUCGAGUUCGAGUUAAAUUUUCGAACAUUACUUGAUCGACUUGCGUACGUAUUACUUGACACAUGGAUUAAUAAGUCCCGAGACUAAAGCAGAGAUGGCGCUCGUAGUAAACCAGUAACCACGUCUUUCUAGAGUACUAACCUUUGCUUGAAACGGGUCAAAAUUUUAAGUCGAUCCGACCAGAAACAGCUGAGUUAUCGAGGUUGGAGUAAAGUCGUUUUGUAGUUUGUUUAAAAAAUGAAAAAACCGAGUUUCGUGUUUUGAUAAAACUUGGUUUUUAAUGGGUAAAAACACCGUGCAAGCGAAACAAUGGAUUGAAAAAUGUUAUCCGGACUCUUGUCCAUCAAAAGCAACGAUUUGUCGGUGGUUCGCCGAGUUUAAACGUGGUCGUAUCGACACAAAUGACGCGGAACGCUCGGGUAGACCUGUGGAAGCCGUUACACCGGAAAAUGUGAGUGAAGUGACAAAAAUUAUAAUGAAAGAUCGUAAAGUGAAGCUCCGUGAGAUUGCUGAGAUGACACACAUAUCAUAUGGAAGUGUAUUUACUAUCCUUCAUGAAAAAUUGAGCAUGAAAAAGGUUUUUUUCCAAGUGGGUGCCGCGAUUGCUUUCGAUGGAACAAAAUACACCCUGCCACAAGUCGAUGAACACAAUGGCGGAAUUGAACGAAAUGGGCUUUGAUCUGCUUCCCCACCCCCCAUACACGCCAGAUUCAGCCCCCAGUGAAUACUGGCUCUUUGCUGAUCUUAAAAAAACUCCAGGGAAAAAGAUUUGGCUCAGAUGAGGAGGUCAUCGCUGAAACUGAAGCUUAUUUUGAAGCGAAAGAUAAUUUUUUUUAUAAACAUGGUAUUGAAAAAUUGGAAAAACGUUGGAACCAUUGUAUCACCCUAAGAGGCAAAAUGUUGAUGCAAAAAAAAUGUUGUUUCCAUUGUUAGUCUCGGGACUUAUUGAUCCAUGUGUUAUGUUCGGAUUAGAAUCGUUCUAAUUUGUUAAUACGAGUGUGACGGUUUCGUUUACUAAGAAAUUAAUAAUAUAAAUAAUAUAGAACGUGUAAGUAGUGUUGACAGCUUUGAUGGUUAGUGUUCGAAAUUUCAAGUGUUCCCGAACGAGAGUCGAUCGAAUCAUACAAGUCGAACGGAAUAAAGAAUGCAAAAUUCGAACUCGAACGAAAGUGUAGAUAGGUUCGUAUCACAAAUCCGUUGGAUUGCAGAAUCGGGGCAAUUGUGAAGAACCUUGAUUUUUGAAAAUGGCAGCUUUACUGUUUUUCCCCCAAAAAUCUUGGAUUAGGUUCUGUAAAAAGAAUCAAUACUAAGUAAAAUUGUAGGCUAAUAUUACUUAUUAUCGUGUCGUGUCCAGCAUUGACGUGAAUAAAUUUUUAGUGACAGUACAAUUGUUCCGAACACCAACAAUGAGCUGCAGAACCUUUCAUAGUAUUUUUUUUCAUCAAACUGCAGUGCCAUGACUAAUUAGAAUGAACAGUUUUUCCUUACUAGUGUCCAUAGUCUCUCAACGCUAACAUCAUCCAUAGCUAGAAAGAUUAACUGGCUUUUUCUAAUUUUCUGGAUGUUAUCAACGUACAUUUAUCUUCUUAACCAGUGCUUAAUGUUUGCGACGUAAACAUUUUUGCAAUUUGUUUCUAAACAAACAUACAAACAAAAACAUACAAUAUGUCAUGCGUAUAACAUAGUACAAGUGUGAACAGUUCGGUUUUAACUUUAUAUUACUAUCGUUAAAACGUGUUCUAAGGCCUGUUCUUAAGGUCACCCGAGUCUUGCUGUACUCAGAAAAACAUUGACCCGUACCUGAAGACAAAUUGAUCCAGGCUACAUCAUUAGGACCUGCCGUAGGCUCCGGAAGCGUGUGGAAUGUGGAAACUGUUUAUCGGAUAAAUGAUCGCGAUUCGUCUUAGCAACUAGGAGAGAGAAAAUAUCACUCAAUAUUCAAUCUGAAACACUUACUCAAUGACAUAUUUCAGUCUAACCGUAGGGUGCAAAAAGACGGAGGAAAUAUCGUUGCCAACGAUCUAAAUUAUUGGUUGGCUCCGACCUACCAAUACAUGCACACGCGGGCAGUUCGGUCAAAACCGAAGAGAGAGAAAACGAAUGUCAGGUCGGUCUGAUUGGCCAAGUACGAAAAGACCUUUAGCAUGUUCACAUCAUAGAAUGAGAGAAGGUGAACAAUCGUUAGAAUGGGUUCCAAAUAUUUGUUAUGAAUAGGGGAGAGUCGGCAGCCGUGGGCCAGUUUUAAUUUGACAUUUUUUCAUAACUGUAAAUGAACUUUUUUUUAAAAAAUUCGCCCUUUGAUAUUUUACUAUACCCUUUUUGUUUUCAUGGUAAAUAUACAAAUUGAACUUGAUAAUUUUUUAUCGUUUGGUCCUCCCUCCAUGGUGUGCCCUUGGGUCACAACUGUCAUCAACUAUCAUAACUGAAUUUUUUAAUUUAACAAAUGAUGAAACUUUAAAUAAAACUGUAAAAAAAAAAUGAAUAGGGUGGUUUUUGCUCCCAAAUUCAUAUUUUUACUAGAACUAAUAUCAUGCAAGUAACAAAAAAAAUUAUUUGAAACGAAAUUGGUAUCUUUACUUGACACAUUCACUUAGCGUUUUUUUUUACUGAUUUUCUUGGUGUUAAGGACUUCUUACGUUUUUUGACCGAAACGAUACAUUUCAGUGCCGCUGCUUAUUCUUUAUCUUUUUUGUCUGUUAAUGAGCAGUGACCCAAGGCUCCGAUUGUGCAUUCCUAGAUCUUUAUUUAUGAAAUAUUUUUCAACAUUCGAGUUGUAAUGAAAUCUUAAAAAUAAUAAAUCUCUGAUACUCAAGUUCAUUAUUCUCUGCAAAAUUGAAGAAAAUUGCUUACAUUCUGUCAAUUUAAUGUUAAAAUACCAUGAAACAAAAAAUUGACAUUAUCGCAGAAAUGAGGUUAUUUUUUUCUUUUGAAGUAAUCCAAUAUUUCUAAUGAAAUUCGGAUGGAGGUCACAGAAAUCACUCACUUUAGUUACAAAAAAAAAUCAAAUAAAUUCGUUCAAUAUUUUUCGAUAAAUCAGGAGUGGCCCAAGGCUGCCGACUCACCCAUAUAAUAAAAAUAUACAUUCGCAGAUUUAGCCCAUGUGCUUUCUGUUAUUCAUUUUGAGCAUUUGAGGCUUAACCACCUAGAACUCGCGUUAAUAAACUUCCUUUCACCCCCGGUUGAAACCGGGGUGAGGGAAAUAAGAUUAAAAACAAUAAGUUAUUCAAGUUCUCGAUCGAAUAAGAUCGAUUUGAAUCUGAGUAUUUGGUUGAAUGAAUCAUCCACCAAUUCCUUUUUUGGAUUCGAUCGUCAACUAAAUGCAAUUACUCAUUGAAUCAAUUUUUACUUAUUUCACGUUUUCCUAAUGUUCAGGUUAUAUAUUAAACGUUGGUUUGCGCACUUGUGUAAUUGAACCAAUCUGAUGACCGCUGUUAAUGCUAACAUCAGUAAAAUACAGACACAUAUUUUAUAUGAAAUUGUGCGUUCUUUGAACUCUGAAACCCUUCAGUCGAAUAAAAUACGUCUUCUACGUCAAAUACGUCAGCGAUCAUUAACCCAGAACCAUUCCGAGUCGGAAUCAAAUGUUGCAUUUGAUUCGGAAUCCAUUUGAAAAUCAUACAGAAUUCCGAAUCGAAUACCAGCCGAGUUAACUGCAAAGCUUUGAAUCGGACACUCGUAGAGCUCACUCAACAAUCUGAGAGAAGAGAAUUUUGCAGCUGUGUUUCGCGGAAGCAAGUUAAGACUUCUACUGAUUAAGUACUACAUUGAUUUUCAUUCGCUUGUAGAUUCAUUGAAACCGAAUGGAUAGCUUGAUGGGUUACGCCCGAGUAUCUGACAAAUUAAUGGUCUCUCAUGCCUCCUGUUUAAUAUUACUUUAGAAGGUGUCAUUCGAAGAGCUUGGAUGAUAUUCCGAAUUGAAGUAAAACUUUCAAAUUAUUAUAAUGGGAUAUGUAACUUUGUGAUGAUGAUGAAAUCAUACAUCGGACAGCUGGGCGAUUCAGACUGAGUAUGAAUUCGUCGAAGAGAUUGAUAGAUGGCGACAAUGUAGUGGUGGCUCGUGAAAUUCUUAUAUUUGGACCUACUGGUGACAGCCGUCGAUGCUACCAACAGUAAAAUAUAAAGGCUUAUUUAACAGGGAAUCGUGCGUACUUUGAUCACAAAAAAUCGGUCGAGAAAAGUAUGCCACCGAACGGAAUUGGCCAUCUAAAAACCGCUCUUCAAACCGGUUGUUCUCUAUGGCCAUGAAACUUGGACUAUGUUUGAAAAGGAUCAAUGCGCUCUUAGUGUUUUCGCUAAUAAUGUUUUAAAAUUUCUGAAAUGUACGAUAUUUCUUUUAUCUAAUUUUCAUGUUCCGAAAGGAACAAAAGAGUCAAUCUUUGAAUAUAUCUGGCAAAUCAUGUAAAAAUAAGUCACAAAUCAUUGACAUUUCAAAAUUUUUAAACCUUCUUUCUGGUGCAAAUUUGCUUUUAAACGAAAAAUCCUAAUAAUAUUUUCAUGAAUCGUGCCAACAUUCGAAAUACAAAGGUAAUUCAAAUUUCUUCAGUGCGGUUUGUAAUGGGGCAUCACAAGUA